AGCAUAAACGCUCCCCUGUGACGAUUAAGAAUUUUCCGGACACGUGUUUUUUCCGUCGAUGCUCUCGCGGGUUUUCGAGCGCGGUUGUGUUUAUCUACGUCUUGAUCAGCGCCAUGCUCCGCUGUAAUCUCAGCGCGCACUCUGCCAGUGUAACGUGAAUCGAGGCCGAUCGUUUGGAUUUCGUGACCGGCUGGAAAAAUCCUUUUUCGGAAAUACUUCCGGGCCGAACAUUCGAAAGUCAGAUCCGCGGUCGGAAAUGGAGUGAAGUUGGAGUGCGCGAGUGGGAAGUUGAAGUUCUGCCAUGAACAUGUUGAGCGGGUCGAUGAACAUGUUGAGCGGUUCGAUGAACAAGUUGAACGGGUCCAACACCUCGCUCAACAAGAUAUGCCAGUCGGUGAAGCAGCGCAUGAAUGGGGCCACCCCUCUCAUCCUCACUCCCAUGACCGAAGAGAGUCUGGGUAAUAAUUUCGGGAACCAAAUAAACGAAUUGUGGGACAAGUUCGGCGCUGAGUCUAACCACCUGGAAUCCUUACCCGACCAUAUUAAAGAAUAUUUCGACGAAGAAGGGAGCGAUCAGAAUGAUCAGCCUGAUCACCAAAUUGACGAGUCAGAAAAAGCCGAUAGCUCGCCUUUGCCAGGUGAUGGCGCCGACGAUCACCCCUUCGUUAGUGAGAAAGAGAAGAUGUCCGGAUACGACACAAAUCUCUAUCUCUACUCGGAAGAGAUGGAGGAUCGUCCGCGGAUAUCGACACUUAUCAGUUCACUAGCCAAUUACACGAAUACGAUAGCUCAAGCUCCGGCGGACCCGGAUGCAAAGCCCCAAGCCGGAGGCGCCCGCAUGGGCACCCUCGUCGGCGUCUACUUACCUUGUGUUCAAAAUAUUUUCGGUGUAAUCUUGUUUAUACGUCUUACCUGGGUCGUCGGCACUGCCGGCGCCAUCUAUGGAUUUUUAAUUGUUCUUUUGUGCUGCUCUGUGACUAUGUUAACGGCGAUUUCAAUGAGUGCCAUCGCGACGAACGGGGUGGUGCCGGCGGGGGGCUCGUAUUUCAUGAUCGGCCGAUCCCUGGGCCCCGAGUGUGGAGGGGCUGUGGGGAUGCUCUUCUACACGGGCACCACCCUCGCCGCGGCCAUGUACAUAAUCGGUGCCGUCGAGAUCGUCCUGACGUACAUGGCGCCGAGUUUGUCGAUAUUCGGUGACUUCACGAAGGACCCGGAGAUCAUGUACAACAACUUCCGGGUCUACGGCUCCAUCCUGCUGGUCAUCAUGGGGAGCAUCGUCUUCGUCGGGGUCAAGUUCGUCAACAAAUUCGCGUCCGUGGCUCUCGCUUGCGUCAUCCUCUCCAUCAUCGCCGUCUACGCUGGUAUCUUCAUCAACUUCCACGGCAAUGAUAAGCUACAUUUAUGCGUCCUUGGGAAGCGCUUGUUACGAGAUAUACAAAUAUCAGAUUGUAAUAAGAACCCCGGCGGCCCGCUCUACAAACACUUCUGUCACACGAAUAGGACAACGGUGUGCGACCCUUACUUUUUGACCAGCAAUUUAACAGUUGUGCGGGGGAUAAAAGGUCUCUCCAGUGGUGUGUUCUUCGAGAAUAUUUUUGAUAAGUUUUUGACGGAAGGUGACGCAAUUGCGAGGAGCAAAGCCGUAGAAGAAAUAUCUGUGCCUAAAGGGAGUCCGCUACCUCUGGUUUUUGCGGACAUAACCACCUCAUUCACUUUUCUAAUAGGACUCUUCUUCCCGUCUGUUACCGGUAUUAUGGCUGGCUCCAACAGAUCUGGGGACCUCGCUGACGCUCAAAAAUCUAUCCCGAUUGGAACAAUAUGUGCCAUCCUUACCACGUCCUCUGUAUACCUGUCAUGUGUUCUCCUUUUCGCCGGCACUGUUGACGGCCUUCUCCUCAGGGACAAAUUCGGUCAAAGUAUCGGUGGACGCUUGGUGGUGGCCAACAUCGCGUGGCCGAACGAAUGGGUCAUCCUCGUCGGAUCAUUCCUCUCGACGCUCGGUGCCGGCUUGCAAAGUUUGACUGGUGCGCCACGCUUGUUGCAGGCGAUCGCGAAGGACGAGAUCAUCCCGUUCCUGGCUCCGUUCGCCAAGUCGUCGUCGCGGGGCGAGCCGACGCGCGCCCUCCUGUUCACGCUCUUCAUCUGCCAGUGCGGGAUCCUGCUCGGGAACGUGGACUACCUGGCGCCGCUCCUGUCCAUGUUCUUCUUGAUGUGCUACGGAUUCGUCAACCUCGCCUGCGCCCUCCAGACCCUCCUCCGCACCCCCAACUGGAGGCCUCGCUUCCGCUUCUACCAUUGGUCGUUAUCUUUCAUCGGACUGAGUUUAUGUAUCGCUGUGAUGUUCAUGUCCAGUUGGUAUUAUGCUUUGGUGGCCAUGGGAAUGGCUGGCAUUAUUUACAAAUACAUCGAAUACAGAGGAGCGGAGAAGGAAUGGGGUGACGGUAUCAGAGGAUUGUCCCUCUCGGCUGCCCGAUUUGCCCUCUUGAGACUGGAAGAAGGUCAGCCUCACACCAAAAACUGGCGACCGCAGAUUCUCGUUCUUACUAAAUUGAACCAAGACUACUCUCCCAAGUACAGAAAAUUGAUUACGUUCACCUCUCAACUCAAAGCUGGCAAAGGGCUUUGUGUCUGUGCUGGUGUGAUCCCAGGUGAAUACACCAAAAAUGCUAGCGAAGCUCUAUCAGCCAAGGAUAGUCUCCGCAAAGUCAUGGGCGAAGAAAAACUGAAAGGCUUUGUGGAAGUGCUGGUUGCACACAAUGUCGUUGAAGGCAUCAGUCAUCUGAUUCAGUCAUCUGGACUUGGUGGAUUAAAGCCAAAUACAGUUAUCCUUGGGUGGCCGUACAGUUGGCGUCAGAAAGAAGGAGCUCCCACAUGGCACUUGUUCUUACAAACGGUUCGCAAUGUUGCCACUGCUCGCAUGGCUCUCCUCGUACCAAAAGGAAUCAACUUUUUCCCGGACGCCAACAUCAAAGUAAUGGCUGGACACAUUGACGUCUGGUGGAUUGUUCACGAUGGUGGACUUCUGAUGUUGCUGCCGUUCUUGCUGAAGCAGCACAGAACUUGGCGAAACUGCAAGCUCCGUAUCUUCACUGUAGCCCAAAUGGAAGACAACUCAAUCCAGAUGAAGAAAGAUCUGAAGAUGUUCCUUUAUCAUCUCCGUAUUGCUGCUGAAGUAGAGGUUGUAGAAAUGACGGACAGCGAUAUUUCAGCGUAUACCUACGAACGAACCCUGAUGAUGGAGCAGAGAAGUCAAAUGUUAAAAGAACUUAGGCUAAACAAACGUGAAGCACUAGGAAUGGUGCAAAACAUUGUCGAUUUCAAUGAAGUCCCGUCAGAGGAGAACAUGCCACUGGUCCAAUCAAUUCUUGACCACCAUCACCAUGAUGUCAAAACUGCCAGUAAAGUGCGCUUCCAAGAGCCAGCAUCAAACGAGGAUGAGGAUGAAGAUAGUCCUUAUGCAAAUACCACAGAAGAAGCUGAAAAAGGAGCUUCUGAUGUCAACACCACUUCAAAGACUGCAAUCAAAACACCGCCCAUGUCCCCACCGAAGACUGCCUCAUCUAAUCUUAGCUCUAAUGCCAAUGGCAAACCAUCAUCUAUAACUCCUGACGAGGGCAAUGUCAGGAGAAUGCACACAGCCAUCAAACUAAAUGAAGUAAUCGUGAACAAAUCGCAUGAUGCUCAGCUAGUAAUAAUCAAUCUCCCGGGUCCACCCCGCACCACUAAACCCGAACGAGAAUCCAAUUAUAUGGAAUUCUUAGAGGUUCUAACAGAGGGCCUAGAACGAGUCCUCAUGGUACGGGGAGGCGGAAGAGAAGUCAUCACAAUCUACUCGUGAAGCUCCACUUCAACACUGGACUGUUUUUUAUUGUUGACCCUGUUUUUUAAUCUUGUUUCUUGGUUCUUGUAUGGUGAACUGUCUUGUUUACCGCCAACAUUUCUAAUUUUAAGACUUUUGAAUUGUAACCUUUGUAGUUAUUCAUUUGCAAGCCUAGGUUCAAAAUCUCGAUUCCCCGCCUCUGUGAGCAUGCGUUACUUUCUUGACUUCGCAAAUGUACUUACUUUUAAUUUCUAAUUUCAACGUAAUGAAAGCCUUGCCUUCAGAAAUGAUCUCCUGAUUCUUAUAACUCCUCAUCAAGUGUAAUACCUACCUACUGGCAAGUUUUGACCUAUCAUAUUUAAAAACUUUUAAGUUACUUAACUAAAAUCAGUUGCCUAUUCUUGGAAAUCAGUCAGAUGUUUUGAUUUCAGAAGUGUUCAUCCAUUCUAUAUUAAUUUUGUAUUGUAUUGAUUUAAUAUGCUUCUAAGGUACGCAUUCACAGUAAUUUCUUAAACAGAUCCUUCCCUUAGGAGUCCCAACAUGGUUUACAUAGUGAUUAAGGGUGGUUUAAGGACGCGUUAAACAUAGCAUUAUACGGAGGACAAUUUUUGCAAUACUCGAUCAAAGUUCAUAGAAUAACUCUGAAAUGGAUCUUUACAAGGGAUUGCGAUGAUUUUCCAUCGCAAAAAGUACAAGGUAAAAAAUGAAAAUUCUUUGAUUUUGACAAACUUUAAGGUAGGUGCAAACCCUCCUUAAAAUUUUCAAAACUGGCAGUAUGUUUUCUUUUGUAUGUAUUUUUAUUUUGUGUAGCAGCAAAUCAUAGUAGUACCUUGUAAGAAUCUAUUUCCAGAGUUUUACUACUGAAAUUUACUGAAGGUUUGCAAUAAUUUUCUCUAGUAUGAGGCUUUGUUAUGAAUCUCCUUAAACCACCAUUAAUCACAGUGUAAACCAGUGAGUGUGGCUCUAAUUCAUGCUCUUGAAAGUUUUUGAAUAAGAACAGUCUAAAUACUGCUUUCACGAAGGUAGACUUUCAUUUUAAGAUCUUGAUAUCCUCCUUCAGCAAAGGCAAGAUAGACCUCUACAGUUUAAAAUUAAAUUGCGGUAGCAUGUAAAUUAGAAGCCCUCUUUUACCAAGGUUUAAAAUUCAGGUUUUUGCUAUCAGAUGAGCCUUAUAAUUUUUGUUCUCUGCUAUUUUCAGUAGUGACAAGCAAUUUCGUUUGUUUACAGAUGUCUUGACUUUUGAGAAGUACCUAAUUCAUUGUUUACUCAGAGUAAUCCUUAAACAACUUUAAUGUUGUCAGUAUUAUAAUUGAUGUACCCUCAUCAUCAUUCAGGCUUUAGCUGUGAUUUCCGUUCAUAUUUAUUGGCUCAUGAGGGGGAACGUCUCGUCAUCUCCUCAGUGAGCCUCAGCGUAAAUCAGAGUCCCAUUUCUUUUCCAUUUGUUGUUUUGUUCACCCGUUUUUGUGAUGUAUAUUGGGAUAAACAAGCCUCAGUUUGAAGAAUCAGAUAGUCUUAAGCCCACGAUCAAAUGAGCUCAUCAAGUACAAGAUGGCGGAGAUGCGUAUUGGUUUCUGCGCAAUCAAAAGUUGGCGGGCCGUCAAACGUUGAUGAAUAGAGCCCGCGCGGACUUGUGCAAAAACCAGUACGCAUUUCCACCAUCUUGCAUUCGAUGAGUUCAUUUGAUCGUGGGACACGGGCUUGAGAGGUGAAAAGUUAUGCCUCUUUUGGGAUCUGUGGGCCACGAUAUUGGGUUUAGAGAAACACGCUGAAGACAUGACUUUAAUGCUUGAUCGGAAAAGUUCACAUGUCAUCUAUUCAUACAAAAAUAUUUAAAAGUAUCAACCUGUUUGUGAAAUUUGUAUCACAGUACUCAAAAUUUUCCUUCGUUAAAAAUUCAAUCAGUCAUUACAAGUUACGUACUAUAUCGACUAUUUUUUCUAUGAAGGAGGCCUAUUUAAGUAAUAGGCCAUGGUUGCUAAUGUGGUCUAUAGUCAUAAGGAUCGAGAAAAAUGA